AUGGAAAUCCCUAACUUCAGCCGUCUUCGGUUACAGAGUCAAAUACCCAGCUUCCUCAAAAGUAACCUAGAGUAUAUCCCAAUAUUUCUUCUAAUCCAUCUACAGGAACUAGAGUUCUGGGGUCUGACCGAGCUGGAUAUAGAGCCCUGCUGCUGGGGCCAUUACAACCGCUUCAAGGAGAACAAAGAGACGCUAGCAGCCAUAGAUGAUACUUUUACCUUCCAGCUGGACACUGAAGCCUUCGGCGUGAAGCCAACACCGUAUAUGCAAUUUAAAAAGAAAAUGUGGAUCUUCCUGGUCGACCCGUCUGCUUCAAGGGAAGCCAAGAUUUAUGCCGUGACGUCGAUGUUUUUCGUCCUGCUGUCUAUUGCCGUCUUCGUUCUAGAAACACAUUCCUGGUUCAGAAUCCCCCUCAAAGGAAUGAAUUACACGACAACAGUUAGUGCUAGUCCGUCUUGCUCGUUUUCGCUAGCAGACACUUGCUGCUGCAGGUAUGAAAUCAAGGAAGACUUAAAGUUUGAUGAAUCCGAGCCUCAUGAAGCCAUGACAUAUCUAGACUACAUAUGCCUGGCAUUCUUCGCCCUCGAGUACAUAGGGCGGUUGUAUUUUGCUCCAAAGAAAAUGGAAUUCUUUAAACAGCCACUGAAUGUGAUUGACAUCAUGUGUUUGCUUCCCCACUUCGCGUCCAUAAUUAUGAAAUCAAUUGACCCAACUGAAAAGAGCUCUCAGAUAAUUAAGGUUGUGCUUGCGUUAAGGAUCAUCAGAGUUUUGCGUAUAUUUAAACUAAUGAAGCAUUAUACAGCUUUUAAAAUCCUUGUCUAUACAAUCAAGGUUAGCACAAAGGAGCUUCUCCUUAUGGUGAUAUUUCUCUUUACGGGGGUUCUUAUAUUUGCCAGUAUUAUUUUUUAUACUGAUAGUGGAACGUUCCACAACAUUCCUAUUGGAUUCUGGUGGGCGCUUGUAACAAUGACAACGGUAGGAUACGGUGACAAAGUUCCUAGGACAGAAGGAGGAUACAUCAUCGGGUCACUGUGCGUCUUGUGUGGAGUUUUAACCGUUGCUUUCACAGUUCCCAUUGUUGUUAACAAUUUCACUCUUUACUACUCACACGCUCAGUCUAGGGUCAGGCUGCCUCCUCCCAAAAGAGAAGAAUUGCAAAAGAAAAUUAUAAUGAGGAAUCAGAAAGCGCAAGAAUUUAUUCAGAAACUGACACGGACCGUGAGGAAAACCAAAACUUUCAAUUCAUUUAAUGCUCCAAAGUUUGAAGAUUGUAAAGACGAAAAUCCUUCCAUUGACUCCGGCUUGGACGUGACAGCCCCAUCCGAACGAUUUACGAACAACCUGUACCCUAUGGAAUCCACAGUCACCAUGUGUUCUAGUCUCCCUGAAAAACAAACCUCAGCAGAGACUCCUGUGCGGCGAAGUAGGGCGGUUGCGCCUUCAGUAUAUACCGUCUCCGCAAGUGUGGGUGAACUGGAAAUAGAAUUACCAGGAACGCCGACCUCAAGCACUGUCGAAGAAAAGGCUCGACAGGUAGAAUCCGUCAACCUGCUGCAUGACUUAGAAGACCACGACGAAAAAGUUCAAACUGAACGUCGACGGCAAUUGGAAAUUCUACUGUUUAGAAGAGAGCAAAUGAGACAAUCUCGGAACAUUCUCCACGACUCACCAACAUCAGAUGAAGCAGUCAAACCUCCCGAGGAAUCCCAACCCCAAACCUCGCUACCGAAACACGCUAAAGUGCCUCUUCAUCCUUUCCAUCCACCGCCAAUUGCUUCGUCUCGUUCGGGUCAUUCUUUCAGUGUAAAGUUCGCGGAUCGGGUGAUUUGA